UUGAUCCUGCAAGGGCAGUUUUGGAAUCCCAAAAAGUCUGUCUUUAUAUUAGUAGUAGUAGCUGCUAGCAAACCCCAAACAGCCAACAAUUUGCCAACUCUUCCUCAAACAAGUGUCUAAACAUAGAGAAUUGCUUAAUGGAUCCAGACGGCUUUUCUUCCAGCUUGUUCAAGUGGGACCCAACGAGGGGAAUAGUGCAGGCGCCAGUCAGGUUGCUGGAGGCGGUAGCUGCGGCGCCUACGCAGGCGGCGUACGGAGUGAGGCCGAGGGAGCUGGGUGGUCUAGAGGAGCUUUUUCAAGAUUACGGCAUCAGGUACUUCACCGCUGCGAAGAUCGCCGAGCUGGGUUUCACGGCUAGCACGCUGGUGGAUAUGAAGGAUGAGGAACUGGACGAGAUGAUGAACAGCUUGAGCCAGAUUUUUAGGUGGGAGCUUCUGGUGGGAGAGAGGUAUGGGAUUAAGGCUGCUGUUCGCGCUGAAAGGAGGCGGCUUGACGACGACGAUUCCAGAAGAAGACAGACCCUCUCUACUGACACUACCCACGCUCUCGAUGCUCUCUCCCAGGAAGGUCUGUAUAUAUUCAUAUAACAUAUACACACACGUAUACAUGGAAUAAACUGUGAAAAUAAACAUACCAACUUUCUUGUUGGGCCGGGGAAGAAAAAGCAGCGGCGGAGAAAGGUGGUGGGUGAGGAGGAGCAGGAGGAGGAAAACGGUGGUGGAAGCGAGAGACAGCGCGAGCACCCUUUCAUCGUGACAGAGCCUGGGGAGGUGGCACGUGGCAAAAAAAAUGGCCUUGAUUAUCUCUUCCACUUGUACGAGCAGUGUCGUGACUUCUUGAUCCAAGUCCAGAACAUCGCCAAGGAGCGAGGAGAAAAGUGUCCCACGAAGGUGACGAACCAGGUGUUUAGAUAUGCAAAGAAAGCUGGGGCGAGUUAUAUAAACAAGCCAAAAAUGCGACACUAUGUGCACUGCUAUGCUUUACACUGUCUUGACGAGAAGGAAUCAAAUGCGUUGAGGACAGCAUUUAAGGAGAGAGGAGAAAAUGUAGGGUCGUGGAGACAGGCGUGUUAUAAGCCUCUUGUCGCCAUUGCAGCACGCCAAGGUUGGGACAUUGAUGCCAUUUUCAAUGCACAUCCUCGUCUUGCCAUUUGGUAUGUCCCCAACAAGCUUCGCCAACUUUGCCAUGCCGAGCGCAAUAAUACUGCCAUUGCUUCUACCUCCGCGGCUGCUCAUCAUCUUCCAUUCUAA